AUCAUUGAUAACAACCAGCCAUGGAUCAUCAUGAAAUUAAAACUUUAUUAUCAUCAUCAUUAUCACCAUGUCCAGUAUUUGUUUCGAAUACGAAAAUUUCCGUUAAAGAAUUUAUUGAAAAAUGGAAAAAUCAUUUGUCUAAAGAAUUGUCAUGGAUCGAUCAUCAUGAUCAAACUGAAUUGACCGUAAAUCAAUUGGGUAGGCCAUUGCAAUUUGUCAAAACAUUGGAACAAAAUCUUGAUCUGGAUGAAUUUACCGAUACAUUGAUCAAAGAUGGUGCAAAUCUAAAUGUAGCGGUUGGAACAUCGGAAACGAAAUUUGAUGCUCAACGUCAUUCGAAACAAAAAUAUCGUCAUAAAUGGCUAAAUAAAAUGGUCGAUAUCAAAGAUAAACAUACGGAUCAAUGUGAUCACCAUAAUCCAUUGGCCGUAUUGACCGUACAAAUAUUUCGUCCAGUAUAUAAACAUUCAUCGAAAAUAAAGCUACUACUUGAUCGUGAAUAUGAAAUACUUUCCUGUCAAAAAUUGUCCGUUUUACGUGAUUCUUAUUUCUGUAUAUCCGAUAUGAUACAUCAGGCUGAUUAUAGUGAACAUCCUGAAGUGUCGGUGCCAAAAAAAAUGAAAACACAUGAAAAAACUGGCUUAUUCAUCAUUGAGAAUACUUUUUAUUAUGAUGAUCGUUUUGAAUUGGAAUCAUUCGACACAAUUUUCGAUUGGACCAAACAAUCAUCACACUCAGUGAAAAAAUCCGAUUGUUUUGAAAAAAAAUCAAUGACUAGCACACGUUUUGAAGAUCUAGAAAUUCGUCUAGGCUAUCCAUAUGUUUAUAUGCAUCGUGGUAAUUGUGAACAUUUACUGGUAUUCACUGAUAUACGACUAUAUGUGCCGAAAAUUGAAUCCAUCACGGCGGAUAAUUAUCCACGAUUUACAAUGAUGGAAGAUAUUAUUACGACCAAAUGUCAAAUGUGUCAAUUAUAUUCAGCCAAAUGGUUAACAAUGGAUAAUAAACGUUUGCCAUUAUCGCCAUAUUAUUUUUGUCAUAAUUGUUUUGUUACAUUUAAUUAUGAUCAAGAUUUACAAAAAAUUGGUUCAUUUCGUGCAUUUCCAUUACUUUGGGAUAUUAAUUGAAAAAAACAUUUCAUUUAUUCAAUUUCUAAUUAUUUUUAUUCAAAAGUGGAUUAUCAUUUCAAAUUACAAAAUGUUUUUCAAUUCAAUCAAAUCAAUCAAUUAAAUUUUUUUUUUUGCAGAUAUUUUGGAUAGAUAAUGAAAUAGUGGUAAAUGUUUGUUUUUUUGUUUUGUUGUU